AUGGCUGCUUUAUUUCCGAAGAAGGUUCCGGCGUUUACAAGAGCUUUGGGUGGAAGUGACGACGUUUCCGACCUUGAGACCGACUUGUUAACUGAAGCGGAAGUUGUAGUUACAUUUUAUACCAGUUGUAACUACAAAGUUAAUGCUUUAUUAAUCGGAAUCGGUUCUACUCAAUGCGAGGCCCUAGGUGCCAACAUUGAUUUUUCUAAAGCUACAAAAGUGAAGGCUAUUGAUCUCACUAUAUCCAACCAGGUCGUUAUGUCCUGCUCGGCGUUUAUAUUUGAUCAAUCAUCCGUUAUUUGGUUGUGUGAUACCCAAGAGCGCGAUUCCUGUUACGGUUUUGGAAAGUGGGUCGACGCUUUACUGUCGUCAUUUUCUCUAGACCAGGAUACGUGCAUAUACCUCCUGACUGAUUCACCAACCUCUGAGUUCCAGAGUGACUCCAAGCCUGUUGCGCCCUUUAUCCGCGAACUUAAAACCCCACGAGCUUCUGGCUUGUGCUAUCCUGAUAUUAAGCCGCUCGAACCGCCAAACAUUGUCGCCGGAUUUGCGGCCCCCAUCAUGGCGCAUUGCAUCUACUAUUCACUUCCAGCUUGUAUCCUCAUCAUCUACUACGAAAAUCUACGUGCCUCCCUUGCCAAAAGUGACAUCUUCCCUGUGAUAUCCCCCAUUCUUGGAGCAAUUGAGGGGUUGCGAUCUUUCAUUCUCCCUGAUCAUGCAUUCAGCAAGGCAGUACCACAGAACUUCGACCAAAUGUACAUAUAA